GCAUCUAAAAUGGCCACAACAGUUAUUUCUGUUCAACUACCUCCCGAUAUCGAUCCAACAAAGGCUAGACUGGCUUAUGGAGACCGAGCUUUGCCAAAAUUGAAUCGAGAGCUGAAUAGCGACGAUCUUAAAUUAAAGCAAAAGGCACUGAUGACAUUAUGUGAUGUGAUGCAUAACCCAGAGCACAUAUGCGAAGGGUUGAGAGUUGGUAUUGCUACAAGCUUGAAGUCUUUACUAAAAGAUCCAGAUCCUACAGUCAGGCACAAAUCUACAGAAGUUCUCUUUAUCAUUGCAGGGCAUGCUCCAGGAAGAGAUGCAUUCCUUGACCAUAAUAUAAUCUUACCAUUAUCUGAAUUGUUUGAUGACAAUGUUUACCAAGCAAGGAGAAAUGCUCAUAAAGCAAUUGAAAUGUGUUCUCACACAAGCCCAGGAACAGAUGGUGUUGUAGAGGCCAAAUUAGUAUCAGUAUUGGUGAAAAAAUUGCUUGGUGAAGAAGAUGAAAUCAAGGAAUUGAUUUUGGACACACUUCAUUAUUGCAUGAGAAUAGAAACAUCCGAAGCACUGACUAGCAAUGCAAUGGAAGCUUUUACUCAGCUACUGGGGCACAAAUCUGCCACAAUACGAUGCAAGGCAGCAAGAGAUAUUAUGGAUCUUAGUUUUCCUCUGGAAGGUAAAGACAGAGCAGUAGAUGUUGGUGCAGUACCCGAGUUAGUCAAACUCCUUCAAGAUUGUGAGACUGAUGUUCGAGCGCAAGCAGCUGGUGCCAUUAUGGGUAUUACAAUAACGACAAAAGGCAAAUAUGCAGCCAUAGAAGCUGAUGCUAUUCCAAAUCUUGUAGAAUUGUUACUUGAUCGUACAAGUGAAGUGAGACUAAAUGCUUUAAAGGCCAUCACCACACUCGCAGAAGCACCUGUGGGAAGAACUACUCUACUCAAAUCAGUAAUAGAGGUUGAGAAACUUGUCCAUGACCAUGAUAGUCCUGCUGUCCGCAAAGCUGCGCAAAUUGCAGUCAAAGUAAUAACAUGGAAGCCAUGACAACCAUGUUGUCAUAGAAACGCACAUUUCUUUUAUAUUAGAAUUUCUUCCUCCGAAUUAGUAUCAUAAUAUGUACAGAAGUGUGAUGUAUCAAUGAAUGUAUAUAGUAACAUAAAAUUGUAAAAGAAAACUAAUGUUGUAUACUGGUCUGAAUUUUUUUUUUUUUUAAUCUGCCUGACUUCAUGGUUCUGUUAUUUUCAUGUACUAAAUCACUCAAACACCCAACCAACAUGCGAGAAUUAACAUGUGUUAAAACAAAAGAAAAAAACAUAUAGUAAAUAUUUUCAAUAAAAAUUUGAGAAGUCAUUUUA